UUUCUUUUUUUUUUUUUCAAUUCAAACCAAGCUCUGUCAUCAUCGUCAUCCUCAUCAUGGGCGACUCAUCCGUGUUUGCAUCGCUGCCGUCGGCGCGACUGAGCGAAGGGCUGCUGAUCAUCAAGGCGCAGUACGAGGACGACGUCCGCCGCAUCCCCAUCACGAACGACGAGAUUACGCUGGACGAGCUCAUUCUGAUGAUGCAGCGCGUCUUCCGCGGCCGCCUCAGUCCCUCCGACGACCUCCUCAUCAAGUACCGCGACACUGAUGGUGACUGGAUUACGAUCAGUGACAACCAGGAUUUGACGCACGCCAAGUCGUACAGCCGUCUGCUCCAAAUUAGGAUUCAAGUCAAGAAUGCCGAGCAAAUCAAGAUCGCGACCGCGCUUCGUGCUGCCGGAAACCAGGCGGUGGUCCAAGCGAUCGAGCGCGAGAUUGACAACUUCCGCGAGAAGGUGCAUCUUCUGCUUGGUCAACUCGACCAGCCACGGUACAGCGGUGCCCCGUCUGGUGGCGUGGCCGAUGGUGCUGCGAACGCGAACUCGGCUGCUUCUGGCUCUAGUGCUGCUACCGCUGUCACCGCUUCUGCGGCGCAGGAGAGCGUCGCUGUGGCUCCCAAAGCCGUGGACUCGAAGGCCAGUCGCGAAUUUGACCCUCUGAAGGACCACCAGCCCAACCCCGCUUCGGUCAUGCGUCUGAACAGCAACGAUUUUGAGGCCUUGACUGCUUCUGGGCGAUCCAAAGUUGCCGUCCCCGGUCCAAAUGGUCCACAGCAACCUCAACAGCAGCAACCACCGCAGCAGCAGCAGCAACCACCGCAGCAGCAGCAACAACACCCGCAACAGCCGCAACAGUUCACCGCAGGCGCACCCACCUGGAGCGGUCCUCCCAGCCAGCAACAGCUGUACUCGGGACAACCGCAGGCGCCUCCUCAGCAAGCUCUGCAGGCUCAGCCUCCGCAGCAAGUGCCCUAUGGAUCGCCGUAUGGACAGCCUCAGGCGUUUGCGCAACCUGCUCGUCCCGUUCCUGGCAACCCGGGCUCGGCUGGCCCGACGACCGCUGCAAGCCCAGUCGCCACGCAGCACCACCCGGCCAGCGCUCCUUAUGCAGGCGGAGUGGUUUCUCCUCCGCAGCAGCAACAACAGCCACAGUACUCGCCGUAUGCCACCCCGCAGUCGUUCCAACAACAACAGCAGCAACAGCGGGUCCCACAGCCCCAAGGUUCGCAGCCACCCCAGCCAGCCUACCCUCCGCAGCAGCAACAGCCGCCGCCGCAGCAGCAGCAGCAACAGCAGCAACAGCCUCAGUAUCCAGGCUAUGCGCCACAGCCCGGCAACCAGCAGUACGGUGGCUACACGUAUUGAUGAACCGCGAUGCGUGCGUUCUCUUUUUCUCGCUCUCUUCUUGUUGGUUUUGGUUUGACACCCAUCCAACUUUUGCUUCUCCAGAACAAAAACAAUUGUUUUCCAGCAGCGUGGUUGCGUGGUAGUCUUUAUCGUUGGUGAUUUUUGUAAAAGUACAACAUCAAAGUUCACUUCAA